AAAUACAUAAUUGCAAAUAAUUUUAUUGCGAAAAAACACAGUUUUUGCUUGUGAUAUUUCUGUACGCAAAAUACACUGUGCUAUAUAUUAGGCGUAUAGAAAAAUAGACCUCUGCCUUAUAACUUUUGACCGAUAUAUAAUUUAUAGUAAAUAUGAACAGUGCUAUAUUUAAAAGAGAAGAGAACGAUUAGAAAUUGUUGAAACUGAACACAUAUGAACAUGUAUGGAAUGCCUGAAAUAACAACUGUUUCCAACAAUUCGCCAGAGACUGCUGUAACAGUUGAUUCAAACGAAAUGAAUGACAAUAUUCCAUCUAUUAACUUUGCAGAAGAUCGCUUUCCUUAUUGCAUUGUGUGGACCCCAAUUCCAGUACUAACAUGGCUUUUUCCAAUGGUCGGACAUAUGGGUAUUUGUAUGUCCAAUGGUGUAAUAAGAGAUUUUGCUGGACCAUACUAUGUUUCUGAAGACGAUAUGGGUUUCGGUAGACCAACACGUUAUAUACGUUUACAUCCUAAAAACGUUUUAGGUGGUCGAAUGGAAUGGGAUGAAGCAGUUUCAAAAGCAUCCGUUUUAUAUGGUACACGUAUGCACAAUUUGUUUUGCGACAACUGCCAUUCGCAUGUGGCAACCGCACUUUGCGGCAUGCGUUACAAGCAGAGCACUAAUUGGAAUAUGAUUAUACUCGCUUUUUGGAUGUUCUUCUGUGGCCGUUAUGUUGGCUUUAUGGGAUUUGUGAAAAGCUGGCUUCCUACCUUAAUUGUUAUAGCAGUAUGUGUUUUAUUGGCUUACUAUUUUUAGUAUACAAUAUUUAUUUCACAUUUUAUUUAACAAUUUUUCAACAUU